GAGCCACAAAUAGAACCGUUGGAUUUGUCAUUGCCAAGAAUGAUCGAGAGACGGAUUGGACCAUCAAAUCUGUCAGCGCCAGAAGUGAGUGGGGGACAAGUGAAACUCAGUGAAAUUGCUCAAGAUGACGAAAGAUUAUUGAACUUAUCAGUUGAAGAAGCCAGUGAAGAACAAACAUGUAAAGGAAUAAAACCGAAGAAAUCAUGGUUCAAAUCGUAUCAGAAGGAAUCAUCCAAACAGGAAGAGCAUACGGGUCAGGAUGACGCAAGAUCACUGAACUUGCCAAUUCAAGAAGUGAGUAAGGAACAAACAAGAACAGAAAGGAAAACGAAAAUAUCAAGAACUGAUACGACUCGCACAGGUGAGAAGAGGUGUGAAGCCGUUCAAAUGCGAUAUAUGUGA